AUGUAUAAUGUAAUAAUACCAACAUAUAAUGAGAAGGAUAACAUUGGUACGUUGCUGCUUAUGGUUUCUGAUGUUAUGAAAGAGGUUGGAAAGCCAUUUAAGAUUGUGGUUGUUGAUGACGGGAGUCCUGAUGGAACCUGUGAUGUUGUAAGGAGGAUGAAGAUUGAUGAAGUACAUCUGGUGGAGAGGGAAAAGAAGCUGGGCUUGGGAAGUGCAUAUAGAGCUGCACUUGAGUACUGUGAGUAUGAGUUUACGGUAAUGAUGGAUGGAGACAUGUCGCAUGAUCCGAUUUACAUUAAGGAAAUGAUCAAGAUUCAAAAGAAUGGGGCAGACAUUGUGGCAGGGAGUAGAUACAAUGGAGGUGGUGUUUAUGGAUGGCCAAUGAGCAGAAAGGUUGUGAGUGUAGGAUCGAACAAUUUAGCAAGGAUUUUUUUGGGGAUUGGUAUUUCUGAUGUUACGGGAAGUUUCCGACUGUACAGGACGGAUGUAUUGAAGCUUUUAGUGCAAAAGUCGAGAUGUAUGGGAUAUUCGUUCCAGAUGGAGUUGAUUUGUCUAGCGCUGAGACAUGGAUUUAAGGUGAGUGAAUGUCCGAUUGUUUUCCAUGAGCGAUGCAGGGGUGCUUCUAAGCUGAGUGUGAAAGAGAUUCUGAUGUAUGCGAAGACAGUAGGUGUGUUGUUUAUGAGCAUUUGA